AUGGGUAUAUGCUUUUCAUGCCUAGGAGGCUCUUCGUCUGAAGAUGAAUAUGAUGAGACUACGUCGCUACUAAGGAGGAACCAACAAGGGACUUAUGACCAACUACAAGAAGAGGAAUUGAUAAAGCAGCAGCAGAGACAACAAGAGUUAAGUAAUAUAGUCAAUGAUUUAUCAGAAAACUUGAUUGAUGUCACUUCAUUUCUCAGCAAAGGAAAUGCUUCGGGAAUAUAUUCUCAGUCGCAAUCACAAGUGCUUCAACCAAACAAUAAUAGCGGACUCGUCACACAGACUAGUAAUACUGAACACACCUUAGGCGAGGAUGGAGAAGGAAGUACAAGGAUCUAUCCUUAUGUUUAUAAACAAAGUGAUAAAACAAAAGUCGUUGAGCAAGCAAAGAAACUUCCUGACACUGUACGACAAGCAUGUCAAAUCUCUGUACUGGAGCCUUUAUAUUUGAAAUUUUAA